AUGUUGAUCUACAUCAUCGCGCUUGCAGUGGUGAGUCGUUUCAUUACUCAAAAAAACGUGGUUGGUACAAGUCUGACAAGAAUCUGCAAAAAUCGAAAAUCGCGUUUUUUUUGUUGAUAAAAGUACACACUUGCCGCGCAUUCAGACAAGUCUAACCGGAGUCUUGCUCAACGUGUACAUGUUCUGGAAGUUCGCCACCGCAAACACGAAAGCGUUCAGCAGUUUUCACAAGUUAUGCCUCUGCAAAACCAUUCCCAACAUUCUCAUCAGCUCGAUUUUCGCCUUCUGGGCGAUACCGUUGACCAUAUUUCAAGUGGACAUGGCACAUUUUUCGCGACUUCAAAACCUGAUAUUCUCUCAGGUUCUCGGAGGAUUCGGCUACGUGUUCGGUUCGACCCAAAUCCCGUUCAUUUUCCAUUUGUUUUUUCCCACGUAUUUCAGGACCUUUUCUUCAAGUGUGCAUGGCCACAAAUCGUUGCGUUCUCCUCUACUUUCCAUUCGCCAGAAUGAAAUUCGACGGGCUCCCAAUCACCACGCUCGCCAUUUUCGCAUGUUUUUUACUGGCAAACACUCCGGUUUUCGCGUCGAUUCUCAGUGGGGCACACAGAAAAAUGAGUGUACAUAUUUGUCGAGUAUUUCAGCAAAUUGCUACCUCGUCUACGAUCCUCCGACACUGGUGUUUCUGCCGGAACGGGAAGAGUGUGGCAGCACGCAGGACUUUCUCAUGUUCCUACUCAUUUGCGUCAUUUCGCUCACGUGCAAUUCUAUCAAUUUGGCCAUUUUUGCAAAGUUGGCUAGGGAUAAGGUAUGAGAUUUCGGUUUCUUUUUCUAAUUUCGCCUCCAAUUAGUUCUAAUGACGAGACGAAAGCAUAAAAACAUGUUGUGGAAGUAAAAUUGCAAAGAAAGAGGCGUGAAACUUGUCUAUUCGUAACUAGCAGAGUUGAGCGGAAGAACACGGAAGAAUUUUUAUCUUUUUUAGAAAAUUUUUUCAUGGAAUGUGAUCAACUGAUGAAAUGUAAAGCAAAGUGAACUCUGCUCAUAGAAAAAUAAUUGUAAAUUUAGCUAUUCAUACAAAAAAGUUAUUCCUUCCGUCUUCCGUAAGCCCUCCUUUUUUCACGGAACAACUCGAAUAACUUUUUUGUAUAAAAAGCUAAAUUUACAAUUAUUUUUUUAUGAGCACAGUUCACUUCGCUAUACAUUUCGUCAGUUGAUCACAUUUCAUGAAAAAAUUUUCUAAAAACACGACGACCAAAAGUGUAGAAAGGGGCGUGGCCUAAUCUGAGAGUGCGCGCGAUGAUUAGUUUAACAAAGUUAUGCAAUUACAUCGUCGAAAUCGUACAUAAUUUGGGUAAUUUUUCACGAAAAAAACAUGAAAAAUGGGGUUAAAUUUCGAAUUUCGCGCCAAAAUGGUGAUAAACCGUGCACGCUAGGCCCCACGCCCCUUUCUACGUUUUUGGUCGCCGUGAAAAAGAUAAAAAUUCUUCCGUGUUCUUCCGUUAGUAACUACCCUUCAUUCACAAGUAUUUCGUUUUCAUGCCCAGUUUACAGAUGAACGGAAUAAGUGAGACGCAAAAGAGCAAACGACGAAGGAGAUGGCUGACAAUGUUCGUGCAGAGUGUCAUUCAGGACGUUCUACAGCUCAUCGACAUCACCAACUACAACUUUGUGUCGCGGAUAAUCGACGAAGAGUGGUGGACAUUCAUAUUCUGUUGCCUCUCUUUUUCGAUGGUCUACACACUGGAUGGGUAGGGCGGAAGAGAAUGAAAAUAGACGACGGAGAAACGGAUCUGUAUUUCAGAGCAGUCAUGAUUUAUUUCCAUUCGGAUGCUAGUCGGAAGAAGUCAACAGUCACCAAUGUUCAAGUUUCAACUGCCAUUAGUUCGGGUCCCGUCAAGAAAGUAUCAGUGAUCGAUUGA